AUGAGUGAAACCGAACAAACUAAGCAAUCAUGUCCCAGCAAAUCUUCCAAAGUAGCAAAAGAAACAAGAAGAAAACCUUAUUAUGCACGAAGGGACGCUACUAAGAUAUAUCUUUUUGAGCAUUUCGAAAGAUGGAGGACGCUGCUAAAGGAACUUGGCUUGAAAACUGACAAAGAGUUGGCAGUCACGCUUCUCGAUAAUUUUUGUAUCACAAGGUAAAGAUAUUUAUAAAAUUGUGAACUACUUGUUUGCUUUAAUAUAGCAUUGCGAAUUAUAAAUAUUUAUAGGAAAGAAGUCAAUGAAGUCUGCACUCAAACUGUAAACAAUUUAUAUGAAGAUAUGAAUAUGGAAAUAUUAGAACAACAUCUUUUGACAAAUAUACAAAUUUCAUCACCUUGUCCAGAAGCGACGUCGGCGCCAUGUGAGUAUACUUUUGAUAUUUCAUGACGAGAAUAUAAUUAUAUUUGUUUUACGUUUUUGUAAUUCUGAAACCUAUUUUUAUAUCAUUUUAUUGUCAACAGUAAUGACUUCUACACCACUAUCUAUAAAGAGAAGUUCACAGAGUACUGAGAGUAUAUUAACAAGGUCUGACUCAGAGCAGCUUCCCUUAAAACGUAGAUGCUUGGCAUAUGAAACAGAAUGCAACCCAAUACUGCCAGAGAGGUAUGUGUUUUAAUGUAUGAUCCCUAUCGAUUUUCAUUUUGAUGAAAUAGUAGAUGUUUUAUUAUUUAUGUGGGGACUUGUACAAUGGGCCAUUCCAUUUAAUAUAGGCACCCCUCCCCCAUAUUGAGGGGUCCCUUCAUAAACCCCUUAGGAUAUAAAAUUUUUGGAAGUUACUCCAUGGAUUUCUUUAUACCCCCUUUAGGAUAUCGUUUUUACCCCCUUGGAUAUAACUAAAACACCAAAUUUUUGCUAUUUUUUGGAAAAUUUCUUAAGCUACCCCCUAGGAAAUUUUAAGGUAAAAAAACCCCUCCCCUCCCAUAGGAUUUCCAGACCCCUCAAUAAGGGGGGGGGGGGUGCCUAUAUUAAAUGGAAUGGCCCAAUGCUUUAUUGCUUUCAACCUACCAGCCUCAUUGUGUCUGGUUAUAUUAUGUAUAUAUGGCAGUUGCCAAUAAUAAAGAGUGUUUCAAUCACUAUAUUCCCUGCAGUCAAUAGAUAAAAGCAAAUUUUGAGUAUAUAGUUUUUUGCUUCUAAAUUUCAGCCCUUUUCUGGGUUGGAGAUGAUUACACAUUUUAAUAUUUGUAUAGCUCCCAAAAUUCACCUGCUGUCGAUGCUUGUCAAGAGAAAGAAACCCUUAUAGCUUCAGAAAAAGAAGAUGAAACCCUAACAGCCACAGAAAAAGAUGAAACCCAAACAGCCACAGAAAUGCCUUCAAAAGACAGUUUUGGUCUACCACCAUCACUUUCUGAAGUUUUCCAGUGAGUACUUAUAUCUGAUCCCAUUGACUGGCAAUGCACCCUAAUCUAUUCUAUUACUAUAUCUAAUGCCAGAUGAUUUUACUUGUCAAGGGGAUAAUAGUCUUGAGUCUAUAGGGUAAUACAGCAAAGUUUGUUGCAAUGCUGCUAGGCUAAACAAAGUUUGAUCCUUUGCCUUAUAUACAGGACUGUUUGUUUUUUUCUCUAGAUCUAAAUAUCCACCUGCUGUUGAUACCAGUCAAGAACGUGAAACCCUAACAGCCACAGAAAUGCCUUCAAAUGACAGUUUCAAUAUACCACCACCACUUUCUGAUGUUUUACAGUGAGUAUAACAUAAUUAUAUAUAUGAGCUGAUAUAUUUAUUUUAGAAACUUUAAUGUAUAUAAGAUAAGGCGUAAAAAAUACCUGUGGUUCCGUUUUCAUAUUGCGAAAAAAUUAGGGUUGGUAGGUCAGAAAUAAUUUUUUUUUGAAUAUUUUUUUUCAUGGUUUUUUUCAAUAAUUAGUGUGACAACAUAUGCCAUUUUCGCAGCAGCCCGCAACCACCCAGAGAAAAUAUGGUCGCACAGUCAAUCACGUUGAAAAAAAUAAUAGGGUCGGCAGACAAAAUAGGGUCGGUCGGGAACCGGAACCACAGUCUGCACAUUCACCCUUACAAUCCAUGAUACCAUUGAACACAUUAAUCAUUUGGAGUUUUAAAGUGUACCUAAAUUUAAUUUCCUUUCUACAUAUUUAUACUUUGUUAGAAUGAAUGUGGAUGACCUGGAAAAGACAUCUCUUGUUGAUGAUGUGUUCAAUACGAUAAUAGGUGGAUAUGACCUUGAUCCUGAUGAUGAAGAUAGCAAGGAACCAGAAAUGGAUAGUGGAAAAGAAUCAUCUAAGACAAAUGUAGACCCACAAAGUGCUGUUCAGGAUGACAAAUGCAUAACCUACUGUGACAGAUUACUUGAACUCCUGUAUCAAAUUCAUGGUUUGAAGUGCAAAGUAUCGAGUUGUGGAAAACGCUUAGACUAUCGGAAAACAUUUUCUGGGACAUGUUUUAUUGUAUCUUGGCGUUGUAGUAGUGGUCACUUUGGAGGAAGAUGGUCUUCACAGCCUAAAUGUGAAGGAUUAAGAGCUGGGAAUCUACUGUUGGCAUCAGCUAUUGCUCUUUCAGGAAAUUCUUUUACGAAAGUUGGCUUUUUAUUUCGAAUAAUGAAUUUGAAAUACUUUUCACAGAGUCUUUUCAACCAGUAUCAGAAUUUGUAUGUAGCGCCUGCAGUGGAUAAAUAUUGGAAGAGUAUGAAAAGUUCCUUGUGGGAUGAGCGAGAGGGACAAGACAUUUUGCUUAGCUCGGAUGGACGUAAUGAUUCGCCAGGACAUUGUGCACAAUAUUGUACGUAUUCCUUUGCAGACAUGGAGGCACAGUCAAUACUUAAUAUGAAUAUUGUUGAUGUGAGAGAGGUGGAAGGAAGGAAAAGUCCCAACAUGGAACGGAUUGGCUUUGAAAGGGGGCUGGAUGAAAUUUUAACUUCAAAGAUGGUGAUAAAGGAAGUUGUCACUGACGGUCACUUGGAGAUUGGUGCCCUCAUGAGUAUGUUAUUAUGAACUUCUUGAAAUAGGUUUUCAUGGCUAGCUUUGUCACUGCCUAUUAAGAUGUACCGUAUAGUCUUCUAGCUCAUCCAAGUAAAAUAGGAAAUCAUGGUGUAUUACAUCUUGUUGUGUUUAUUGCUAAAAUGCAUUUUCUAACUGUCUAAAUUACCUUUGUAGUUUGUGUUAUUUCCUAAUAAUAAAUGUGUUUGUCUUACAUUUCCAGAAAACUCACCAAAAUAUCAGGCUAUUAAACAUCAAAGAGACAUAUGGCAUGGAGCUAAAAUCAUUUCCAAGAAAGUAACUAAUGUAAGUGCUGUAUUGUAAAGGUGUCAUUAUAAUUAUCAGAAUAGAAAUUUGUUAAUGUGAUACAUUUACAAGAAAAGAAAAGAAACUGAAUAAUAUAUUGAAUUAUAGGCUGCACGUGAGAAAGGAAAUGAAGACUUGUCUUUAUGGAGUGGUGCUGUUCGCAAUCACUUCUGGUAUUCUAGUAGGACCAGUGCGGGAAAUGUUGAUGACCUUAAAGUAAGUCGUUAUUUUUUAUUUAAAUCACAAUGUAACCUUCUUUGUUUGUUUUACCUAUUUUCACAUUCUACUGUAGUUACAUGUCUUACUGUACAGGGCUGCAUACCUGUCAAGGGAAAGCUCUACAGCUGAAUGUGUUAAUAGAUAGUUGAUUAUAAACUCUACAUUUUAUUAAUAGGAUGUUUGGAUUGGUCUUCUUCAUCAUGUGGUUAACGAGCAUUCCUGGAUUUUGGAUGAAGGAAAAGCGCAGGGCAAAUGCGCUCAUGCUCCAUUAACAGAAGAAAGAGACAAGCCUUGGUUAAAGAAAAAUUCUUCUGCCCAUAAUGCUUUGACAAAAAUCAUGAUGGACAAACGAUUCCUAAACACUUUGCCAUACUAUACUAACUUUAGGUUUGUUUAAUUUGUUUUAUGAUUCUUCCAAUUAUCUGACAAUAUUUUUUUUUCAUGUAGAUGUACAGUAAGUGUACACUUGCAUUGCAUGAUCAUAUGAAGUGCAUUAUUCCAAAAUAUUUUUUUUACUAUGCAGACAUACUGGAUUCCUGGAAUCGUUUCACAACAAUCUUUUAAUGUAUUGUCCCAAGCGUCAUUCUUAUUCGUAAGUACAAAUGUUGAUUUCAUGCCCAGGCCUAAACAUAUACACAACUUUAUUUGUUAAAUAAAUAACAAAAAUGAUAGUAUACCCAAUUUCUUAUACAUAAUUUUUUUGUUUCGAAAAAAUUUUAGAUUUGUAGGUUACAAACUUCGUAACCAACUGGCAGCAAUCGAUUUCAACAUGCAUAGGAAUCGAGAAAUUGCAACAACUGCUGAUGGUACACCAAGGUACAAAUUUGAGUUGCAAAAUAUGUCAUUAUAAUUUACACCUAGUUGUGUGUUGGGCGAAGACGAAAUAUUUUGUGACCAAAUUGAAAAAUCAUCUUGCUACAGUAGUUGCAAGCAAAACAAUAGUAUAAGAAAUUAAUGAAGAACAAAAAACCACAGACUUUCCAAACUGAAAUUUUAUUUGUCAAAAAAGAAAAAUUAUUUUCUAUGGAGUUUCUGUGGUUGUAACACAGAAACACAAUAAGAAAAGUGUAGGAAACAUGCAAAUACAUAAUAUAAAUGAAACAGGGAACAUUGUAAAGUUAGGUUGGUUCAGAGUGAAGAGCCUCAUUACUGCAUAAACAAAAAGCAUCUCACUUUACAAUAUUAAUGUUAAUUUAGAUAUCGUGCACAAUACAGUAAGAAAACAAAACGAUGGAGACCUGUUGCAUUGUUGAAGCCAAAGGCAUACAGCUACAUUCCAGAUUUGUUGGUGCAAAUUUUUCAAACUCGUAGAAGUGUCCCUGGUCGAGUUGAUCAGAGAAUUGUCAGGUCUGCUGAAGAUCCCCGUAAUAUUGCAGCAAACAUUGCUAUCAUACCCCGACCAACAGUGCAGCAGCUUUUAUCAGAACACAAAUCAAGAUUUACUACAGAAUAA